AUGUCUGCUCAAGCCUUUACCGGCCUUGAAGGCCCCGGCCCAGCCCCGCCGCCGCCACCCGUCUCUCAGGGCCGGCCUCUGCACCACUCGCCUCAGCAGGCGAUUGACCCGGCGUCAGUCAAGCUGACCAGAGGCACCAGCUGCGUCCUGUGUCAACAGCGCAAGGUCCGUUGCGACAGGAACAAGCCAUGUGCCAACUGCGUCAAGGCCGGUGCAGAGUGCCGGGUAAUUCCUCCACAGCCUCCGCGGCGGCGGCGCAAGAAGCUGCAGGAAAAGGACUUGAUCGAGCGCCUGCGCAAGUACGAGAGCCUCUUGGCACAGAAUGGCGUCAAGUUUGAUGCCAUGGACCCUGAUUAUAGGGGCGAUGGCAACCUUGGCGACGAUGUGGACGACCUAGAGACCGAUUUUGAGGGUCUAAAGACUUCCCCAGAAGCAGCCUCCGGCAAUCAUGCAGGCGGAGCUAGUGAGCAACUGCUCAAGGACUCGUCUGAGGAUGAGGACGAGGUCUUCAACAAAAAGUCCUUUAUCCAUUCCGCUUUUGACAAGAUGUUUGAAAACCAAGACGGCUUUCCAUUCAUCAUUGGAGGCUCCUUUGCCCCCGUCACGCACAGCCACCCUUCUGCCGUCCAGGUGCUGCAGUUGUGGCAGAUAUACAUUGACAACAUCAAUCCUCUGCUGAAGAUUACCCAUGUGCCUAGCAUCCAGAGCAGAAUUAUCGAAGCGACCUCGCGAAUUCAUGCGGCCCCCAAGAACAUUGAAGCCCUCAUGUUUGGCAUCUACGUAAUUUCCAUUCACUCUAUUGAGGAUGCCGAAGCUCAGAGGAUCUUUGGCGAGACGAAACAGGAACUGCUGGGCCGGUAUUUCCCAGCGCUUCAGCAAGCGCUGGUCAAUGCCAGUUUUAUGCGGACUCCGGAUCCAUUGACUUUGCAGGCGUAUCUUUUGUAUUUGAUGACCGUUCGGUGGUUCAUAGACCCGAGGCAGGUGUUCUGCAUGAUGGGCAUCGCUGUCCGCAUCGCUCAGAGGAUGGGCCUUCAUAGAGACCCUGACGGGUAUGGCCUCUCGCCCUUUGAGGUUGAGCAGAGGCGGCGGCUAUGGUGGACGCUUGUUUCCUAUGACCGUCGCGUGGGAGAGAUGACGGGCUCGACGGUGACGGCGCUCACGUCGGGCUGUGACUGCAAGAAGCCAUUGAACGUCAACGAUUCGGACCUCCACGUCGACGGCAAAGAGCCCCCGACGCCACACACCGGGCCUACGGAAAUGCUGUUUGCCCUGACACGCGUCGAGCUCUCCAUGGCAGUGGCGAGCAACAGCAACCGAGACAGUUUCAAGCUGCACGCGGACAAGAAUGGUGCCUCGCCCCAACCUGGAAAGCUGCCGCCGGUGACGAUCCGCCUUGCUGGCCAGGACCAUCCCCCAUACACCCUCGAGGGGUUCUGUGCUCACAUGGAGGGCACGUAUCUGGCCCAUUGCGACGCCAAGAUCCCCCUCCACUUCUUCACCAUGACGAUGACGCGAGCGGCGCUCUGCAAGAUGCGCAUCAUCAACUAUCUUGUGCGCAGGCACAAUGGCGAGGCGAUGCCGCUGGACGACGUGGAACGAGACGCGCUCACGAUACAGGCCAUCAGCUGGGUGGAGCACGACAAUGUAGUCAUGUCGGCGGAGAGCCUUCGGCCGUACAGAUGGUACGCGAUGCACUACUUCCCGUUCCCGGCGUACAUGUUCCUGGUCCAGGAGCUGCGCAAGCGCGUUGCGGGACCGCUUGUCGAGAGAGCCUGGGCGGCCAUCGAAGCGAAUUACGGACUCAGGGGCUUGCUGUCGAACCUUCACAGCCCGAUGCAUGGGGCCUUUAGCGGCCUGUUCGUCAAAGCAUGGACGGCGCACCGCGACGCCCAGCGAGCGGCAGGGAAGGACAUGCCCACACCGCGCUUCAUGGCCGUUCUCCAGGAG